CGAGGCAGACGCGCGAAUGGCAAUGCCAUCAUUGAAAACCCUCUGGUACAUCUCACGGACGAGGAAUUGCAGAGGGAUGUUCGAUCCUUUAUCGAGAACCACCUGCCAUCCGUCGCAUACGAGGACCUCCUACGUGCCGCUCGAGUCGCAAAGGAUAUUCGUAUAUAUGAUGAAGUUGCUAGAGAAAAAGGAUACCGUUUUGAGUCGACUCUUCCGGUACAAUUGACGACGGAGGAGAAACGAGCUUUGCGACGCGAGAGAGACGUCCCAUUUAGUGAAAAGGGCAUGCGAAUUGUCAUCCUCACAGUUUCAAUUGCUGCUCUAUUGCAAGGAUUUGUUCAGUCGUCCUUCAACGGCGCUUCGCUGUAUAAAGAAGAAUGGGGGAUUCCGGAACACAUCAUGACCUCCAGCUCGGAUAAUUGGAAAUUCGGGGCUACCAAUGCAGCACCAUUCUUCGUUGCUGCCUUCAUUGGCUGCCCUCUCUCGCUGCCUAUUAAUUAUUGGUACGGCAGACGUGGAGGCAUCUGCGUUGCUGCGUUCUUGAUAUUCGCAAGUUCCAUUGGUGCUGCUUUCGCAAAGUCUUGGUACCUACUACUCGGAAUCCGGACUAUUAAUGGCAUUGGAAUGGGAAUCAAGGCGGUCAGCACGCCGAUUCUUGCUGGAGAGACUGCUGUCGGGUUCUGGCGUGGAUCUGCCAUUCUAGCCUGGCAAUUAUGGGUCGCAUUUGGUAUCAUGCUCGGCUUUGGUUUUAACCUCAUCUUCACGACGGCUCAGUCGAACGCGACGACGCUGGCACUCAUCAAUGCAGCCCCCAUGGCGCCAAGUCUUGUACUAUUCAUAAUUGCCUUGUUCUUCUGCCCAGAAUCCCCUCGAUACCACCUUACCAAAGGCCCCAACUACAGCGUUCCAAAGGCAUUCACAUGCAUGGCGAAGAUCCGAAAUACUGAGCUGCAAGCACUGCGAGACUUGUAUGUUGUGUAUAAGUCACUUGAGCAACAAUCUAUGGGUCUAGGCGAUUUAGACGCCCAUGCUUUUCGAUCCCCGGGAUUCGUAUGGGUUAUGCGAGACUUUAUGAGACAAUACAGGCAACUAUUCCAACAGAGACGCCUAUAUAAUGCCCUCAUCUCUACAUCUACGGUCAACUUAGCCCAGCAGCUCUGCGGAAUCAACGUUCUGGCCUUUUACUCAGACCAAAACUCAUGGAAAUUAGGAUACCUUUUCAAUGGCGUGCACGAAGGCAUCCAUAUGCACACGAAAAUCGUCCCAAUGGCAUACAGUCUUGGAUUUGGAGCAAUCAACUUUCUGUGUGGACUACCGGCUGUGAGAAGUAUCGACACGUUGGGUAGGCGAAAGUGGCUGUUGGGAACUUUGCCUUUCAUGGCCUUGUUCAUGCUUGCUGCCGCUUUAUCAUUCAAUAUUGCGGCUGAGAAUAUCCGAGUUGGAGUUGCUGCUUUCUUCUUAUUCGCGUCUUGGGCUAUUGCCAUCAACUUGGGCUUUGCGGGUAUUUUAUCCAUCGUCUUUCCAAGGGUGAAUUCUGGCCUCAAAGAAAUCGGUUCCUUGGGUCUCUUCUCUGGACUCAAUGUGGUCGCUUUAGUCAUGGUCUUCUUGCUUGUAGAAGAGACAAAGCGCCGCACUCUCGAAGAGCUAGACCACAUUUUUGCCGUUUCGAAGAGGAAAUUUAUGCGUUUCCAGCUAUUCGAAUAUUUGCCGUGGUUGAUCCAAUGGUACAUUUUUGGACGACGCUCAAACCCCCGACCAGAGCUAUAUGAAGAUGUGAUAUGG